ACAUGACAAAAAUGGGCACCUGCCGUUAAAUUCUAUAUAAAGUUAUUACAUAAAUUACGUUAUCUAACAGCGCUGAUGGUUAUUACGUGACAACGCCGUUUAGAAAAUAAUAAUAAUAAUAAUAAUAAUAAUAAUAAACUUUGAAAGUGGUUGAUUAAAAACAUAAAAUAAUAAAAACCGCCCCGCCCCUUUUGGUAUUCACUGCUGCCUUUCUAUCUGCUCGUUUUUCUGUGAUCACGCGAUGCAAUUCUCGCGAGAUAUGCCUGUCUGAAACGGUUCCUUUAAGAUUAAAGCUCACUGUAACAGCAUCAUGUCUGCACCAUCAUCUGUUCUCGCUCUGCAUUCAAAAACACACAAGGACACAAUCCUCCAUAAGUUUGACAAGCUCAGAAGAAGAGAACUGCUCUGUGACAUAACCCUCAUCGUAGAAGAUGUGCACUUCAAGGCGCACAAGGCUCUUUUAGCAGCGAGCAGUGAGUAUUUCUCAUUAAUGUUCACCGCUGAAGAUCAGGUAAGCCAGUCGGUGUAUAAGCUGGAUGGCAUGGCUGCGAAAACCUUCUCGGCCGUGCUUGAGUUUAUCUACAGCGCAAAUGUUUCUGUGGACGAGAGCAGCUCUGAGCAGCUGCUUGACAUGGCACGGAUUCUGGACAUCCGAGACUUGCUCAAAGCCCACGAGGACCUUCAAAAGGACAGUUCAACGGCUGAAAUUGUGGUGUCUGCUGAGGGAGAUGGUGUUGAUGAAUGCAUACAGACAAAACGUAAAAGAGGGCGGCCCAAAAAGAGCAUUCACACUCAGGAUUCGAGCCAAAAGGAGAAUCCAGAAAGCGGUUUACCAGCGGAAACUACCUCUGAGCCCACAGAACCUCUCUUAGAUCCCGCUUCCCCACCGAGAGACGUCAGCGACAGCGACUAUAACCCCCGAGAGGACAGACCCCGUCACAGCAAACGCAAAAUAAAGCAGCCUGUCAAGCUGAAGGGAUACAGGUUAGAAGACGAGCUCUCGGAGCGCAGGGAGCCGGGGAAGAGAGGACGCAAGAGGAAGUACCCGGACACAGAGGCCAGGUGUGACCAGUGCGGGAAGGUUUUUAAAAAUCACCUGUUUCUGAAGAUACAUCAGCGCACUCAUACAGGUGAAAAACCAUUCAGAUGCAGUGUUUGUGGCAAGGGCUUUACCCAGAAACACACUCUUUUGGUUCAUCAGCGCAUGCAUACGGGAGAAAAGCCCUUCAUCUGCACCAUAUGCUCCAAAGCGCUGUCCACGAAACACUCGCUGCUGGAGCACAUGAACCUGCACGCAGAGAAUAAAUCCUUCACUUGUGAACAGUGUGGGAAAAGCUUCAGUCAGAAGCGGCAGCUGAAAAGCCAUUACCGCAUUCACACAGGAAAAGAGUUACCUGAGUGUGCACAAUGCCAUCAUAAAUUUAUGGAUGCCGCUCAACUGAAGAAGCACUUGAGAACUCAUACUGGUGAGAAGCCGUUCACAUGUGAGAUCUGUGGGAAGUGUUUCACAGCCAAGAGCACACUGCAGACACACAUCAGGAUACACAGAGGAGAGAAGCCAUACAACUGCAAUAUCUGCGAUAAGACCUUCUCCGACCCCAGUGCCAGGAGGCGUCACGUGGCAUCUCACACGGGUAAAAAGCCAUUCACGUGUUCCAUUUGCAGCUUGUCGUUUGCCCGAAUGGACAACCUUAAAGCUCACACCAAGACUCACAACAAGGAGCGUCAACAAGGAGAAGCUGAGACCACGGGCCUGCCGGUGGAGGCCACAUCAGGAACUGAAGAAAUGCACAGCAUCCUCCGGCUCCAGCCGUACCAACUUCCCACGCACCCCGAGCAGGAGAUCCAGCUGGUGGUGACCGGCGAGGUGGACAACAUCAACCUGGGCCAAGAUCAAAGUAUCAGCAUCAUCACUGCAGAAGAUACUUCUGUGGAGCAGGGUCUCACGCUUCUCACCCAACCUUCUGGUCACGUCCAAAACCUGGCGCUGGUCACGCCAGACGGGUUAGACGCCAGUACUCAAAUCCAAACCAUCAGCGUUUUAGGAAGCCAGGUGAGCGGCGAACAGCCCGAGCAAAUGCACGUCAUCACGCUGACUAAAGAAGCCAUGGAGCAGCUGCAGGUUCAUCACGAAAGUUCUCAGCAGCUGCAGGUGAUCCACCAGCUGUCUGAGAGCUCUGCUGAAAAUCCCAGCCGGACGAGUCCAGCGGGAGGCAUUCACAUCAGCAGCCAGAGCGGGCAGCCCAUCUCCAUCAGCCAGACCAGCGAGCAGAUCCCCAGCGAUCAGAUCCAGGGCCAAACCUUCCAGAUCCAGGCUGGAACGGUCUCGUACCUCUACACCACCAGCAUGAACCCGCAAAACUGAACAGACACUGCUUGAAUCCGCCAGACUCGUCCAUAAUGCUGAUGCUUGUUCUCUUUUAUUAUAAAUAGUUGUAUAUUAACAUAUUAAAUCUGAGAACAAGCAGAAACAUCUUAUUUAUGAUUUCAAUAUGACUUUUUCAUAAAGCAUAGCCAUAUUUAAUCUGUUUUUGUACUUGUUCAAAUUCAAAUUUACAACAAAAGAGAACAAGCAUCAGCAUUAUGAACGAGUUGCUGUUUGUAAAAAGAACAAUGCUUAUGCUUAUUCUCCUUUGUUGUAAAUGGCUAUAUUUUAAUCAGUCAAGCUGAGUAUUUAAGAACAAGCAUCUUUUUUUGUUUUUUAAAUGACUUCAAUAUGAAUCAUGAAGCAUAGCCAUUCUUGGUUUGUUUUUGUACUUGUUAAUGAGACAAAAGACAAUCAAUGGUUCAUGUACAUGCAACUCCAAAUGUAUUUAUUUAAGUGUAAUUAUCCAGCAUGACACAAGAAAAAUUUACUUAGUGGCAUAAGUUUGUCCAACCAGUGUUCAUUGCCAUUUUGCAAAAAAAAUGAUUCUUUUAUUAUUAUUUCUGUAAUGUGGAAAGAAUUAAUGAUUCAUUUUUACUAAAAAUGUUUACUAUUGCACAUAUAAUAAUUUUAAUUUUUUAAAUUAACAGAAAACCUAAUGUAAAUAUUUGGACAUUGCAUUUAAUAGAAUGUGACUUUUUGCAUAAUAGUACGGAGCAGUGUGAUUUUAUUAUGAUUGGAAUACUGUUUUAGUUUUUGUAUUGUAAAUUAGUUCAAUUAUUUUAGCUUUUCCUUUCCAUUUAUAUUUUAAAGAUUUAGUAAUGUUGCUGUUUUUGUCAUUUCUAUUAGUUUUGGUUUUAAAAAGUGUCUAUAUAGUUUUUAUUCAUUUUAUUUCAGUGUUAGUUUUAAUUAUUUGUAGUAAAAUAUUAGUUAAAUUAAAUGAAAAUGUGAAUGCCGCCUUGGUAACUAGCUGAAAUAUGUUUUUUAUAUUUAAUUUCAGUUACUGUCUAUUUUAUUAAAAUAAAUACCUUUUUUCUUUCUUUUUUUUUUUAAUGUUUUUAGUUACUUUGGCAUUGGUUGGAUAUAAAAUAGUCCUGCUCGAAAAUAGUAAUGACAAUUUGGGGGGAAAUAUGCUUAACUGUCAAACAAUUAUGCAAAUCAUCAUAUUAUUUUGAUUUUGGAAUGGAAAUGUGACCCAUGCAUUAGAUUCACCCAGUAAUGGCAAACGUUAAGUUUUUCGUUAAUGCACAAAUAAUCAGAGCAGUCAGGGUAAUUUAGGUGAGUGCAGGUUUAGGUUAGGGUCAUUUGUGCACAAGUAAUAAUCUCAACAUCUACAAUCUCAAGUCUCAAAAUUAAUCAAAAGGUAU